AUGGGGUCGCCGCCGGACACUAGCAAGACCAUCAAGCUGGAGCGCUACAACAGCUACGUCCGCCGGAUACAGAGCACCAAGCUCCUCAACGCCUCCUCCAAGCUCAUCUUCCGCACCACCCUCCUAAUCGCCCUCGUCCUCGUCCUCUUCUUCACCAUCAACUACCCGCCCCUCUCCGACCGCCGUGUCGACGCCGGCGCCGCCAUCCACCGACACAGCUUCCUCUCCACCGGCUUCUUCUCCUCCUCCCGCUUCCCCACCUCCUCCGCAAUCGGCGGCCCCAAUUGGGAGAAACAGGUCCGCCACUCCUCCACCCCGCGCCGCCCCAACGGAUUCUCCAUCCUCGUCACCGGCGCCGCCGGAUUCAUCGGCUCCCACUGCUCAAUCGCCCUGAAAAAGCGCGGAGACGGCGUCCUGGGCCUCGACAAUUUCAAUUCCUACUACGACCCAUCCCUCAAGAGAUCUCGCCAGAAGAUGCUCCUGAAGAACCAGGUCUUCAUCGUAGACGGAGAUUUGAACGACGCCGUACUGCUUGCCAAGCUAUUCGACGUCGUCCCCUUCUCCCACAUCCUCCACCUCGCCGCACAAGCCGGCGUCCGUUACGCGAUGCAAAAUCCCCAAUCCUACGUCAGCUCCAACAUCGCCGGGUUCAUCAAUCUCCUCGAAAUCGCGAAAUCGGCGAAUCCCCAGCCCGCAAUCGUCUGGGCGUCGUCGAGCUCCGUCUACGGGCUAAACGACAAGGUCCCGUUCUCCGAGCUCCACCGCACCGACCGGCCGGCCAGCCUCUACGCCGCCACGAAAAAGGCAGGGGAGGAAAUCGCCCACACCUACAACCACAUCUACGGCCUCUCCCUCACGGGGCUCCGAUUCUUCACCGUGUACGGCCCCUGGGGCCGCCCCGACAUGGCCUACUUCUUCUUCACCAAGGACAUCCUCCAGGGGAAGUCAAUCGACGUCUACCAGACGCAGGAAGGGAAACAGGUGGCGCGUGACUUCACGUACAUCGACGACGUGGUGAAGGGGUGCGUGGGGGCGCUGGACACGGCGGAGAAGAGCACUGGAAGCGGCGGGAAGAAGAAGAAGCCGGCGCAGCUGCGGGUUUACAACCUGGGGAACACGUCGCCGGUCCCCGUGGGACAGCUGGUGUCGAUUUUGGAGUCGCUGCUGGGGAAGAAGGCGAAGAAGCACGUGGUGGGGAUGCCCCGAAACGGUGACGUUCCGUUCACGCACGCCAACGUCAGCCUGGCGUAUAGGGAUUUCGGGUACAAGCCCUCGACGGAUUUGGCCAGCGGUUUGAGGAAGUUCGUGAAGUGGUAUUCCGGUUAUUACGGGGUGGAGACGAGGGUAAAGAAGGAAAUUCAGGGGGCCGGUGAGGUUCCCGAGGGCGGAUCAGCUUGA